AUGGGCCCGUUAUAUUGCAUUGUAUCACUGACGGAAGCAGCAAAACUACCCCGCUACACCAACAGCAAACCUGCUACUGUCUGCACUCAAGCAGCUGACUGCGGGGACAGCGGUUGCUGUCUAAAUGGAGUCUGCAGUCUCACGGGCCGAGUGUGGGGGGCAUGCUACAAGAACGUGACACAAAAUGGCGCCCAACGUCCUGCCGGAGUCUGGACUGCAACAGAUCUGUGCCCUUGUGAAUAUACACAUUACUGCUAUAUCAACAAUAUUUCUCCCCGGAACUCACACCCAAAGUAUGGGAACGUGGGGUCAUGUUAUCCAAUCAUGGGCUGA